AUGGGAAGGAGUUGGCUGGGCCUGUCUCUCUGUCAGUGGCGGCUGCUGCUUGUUCUGGAGGCAGGCUGCGCGGUGGCGGCCGAGACUGGCGGGGGUGGACGCCCGGGCCGGGCUGCGCCCGCUUCUUGCAGCUGUGAAUUCCUUUGAACAAUUGAUGAUAUUUAUCAUUGUGCCCAGUUUCUACAAAUAAAAGAUGGGUGGAUUAUUUUCUCGAUGGAGGGUAAGACAAAACCUUCAACUGUAGAAGUUCUAGAAAGUAUAGAUAAGGAAAUUCAAGCAUUGGAAGAAUUUAGGGAAAAAAAUCAGAGAUUACAAAAAUUAUGGGUUGGAAGAUUAAUUCUGUAUUCCUCAGUUCUCUAUCUGUUUACAUGCUUAAUUGUAUAUUUGUGGUAUCUUCCUGAUGAAUUUACAGCAAGACUUGCCAUGACACUCCCAUUUUUUGCUUUUCCAUUGAUCAUCUGGAGCAUAAGAACAGUACUUAUUUUCUUCUUUUCCAAGAGAACAGAAAGAAAUAAUGAAGCAUUGGAUGAUUUAAAAUCCCAGAGGAAAAAAAUACUUGAAGAAGUCAUGGAAAAAGAAACUUACAAGACGGCUAAAUUAAUACUUGAAAGGUUUGAUCCAGACUCAAAGAAAGCAAAGGAGUGUGAGCCGCCAUCUGCUGGAGCAGCUGUAACUGCAAGACCUGGACAAGAGAUUCGUCAGCGAACUGCAGCUCAAAGAAACCUUUCUCCAACACCAGCAAGCCCUAACCAGGGCCCCCCUCCACAAGUUCCAGUAUCUCCUGGACCACCAAAGGACAGUUCUGCCCCUGGUGGACCCCCAGAAAGGACUGUUACUCCAGCCCUCCCAUCAAAUGUGUUACCAAGACAUCUUGGAUCCCCUGCUACUUCAGUGCCUGGAAUGGGUCUUCAUCCUCCAGGUCCACCUUUAGCAAGACCUAUUCUCCCCCGAGAACGAGGUGCUUUGGAUAGAAUUGUUGAAUAUCUGGUUGGUGAUGGUCCACAAAACAGGUAUGCACUUAUAUGCCAACAAUGUUUUUCUCAUAAUGGCAUGGCUUUGAAGGAAGAAUUUGAAUACAUUGCUUUUCGAUGUGCCUACUGUUUUUUCUUGAACCCUGCGAGAAAAACCAGACCUCAGGCUCCAAGACUUCCUGAGUUUAGUUUUGAGAAGAGGCAGAUGGUGGAAGGUUCAAGUUCAGUUGGUCCCUUGCCAUCAGGAAGUGUGCUUUCAUCAGACAACCAGUUUACUGAAGAAUCUUUAGAACAAGAUGUUCUUGAUAAUAGUACAGAGCAGACAGAUGACAAAAUGCCAGCUACAGAACAGACACACGAAGGGAUUGAAAAAGCAUCUGACUCAGAGGAACCAGAGGAGAAACAAGAGACUGAGAAUGAGGAAGCCUCAGUGAUUGAAGCCAACUCCACAGUUCCCGGAGCUGAUUCUAUUCCUGAUCCUGAACUAAGUGGAGAAUCUUUGACGGCAGAGUAGUAAAUGCUUCCACGUGCCUUCAACUGCAUAUUUAUAGUCUUGUUGAUGUCAGUUAUUGCUUUUUCGGUGGCACUUUCUUUUUUUGCCCCUCUAAGGGUAUGCUUGUGUAUCAUUUGAAUUCAGAUUGCCUAGCUAUUUGAACAUCUCAAAGUUAUAUAUACUGGGUAUUAAAAUUAAAAGCAAGUGAUAUCAGUGAAGUAAGAUCCUUUUGAAUGUACAAAGACCCGUGCUAUUGAGACAGGUUUUAGAUAUUUUUUAUCCAUUCUAAAAGUAAACAAACAUGAUUGCCUUCUUGUUUUCUGUAUGUAUAACCUGUAAAUAUCCAUUUUGACAUAGGAAGAACUUUGGUUAAGAGUAAGUUCUCUAAUUGUGUUUGUUUUAAGGAAUGAAACUUGGUUAAGAUUUUGACUGCUUCAUUAUUAAAAAUUGAUAGAAUUUUAGCUCCUGAGAUAUUUACAACUGGGGGAAAUGUCUAUUUAGGCGUUUACAUUAAGUGGUAUGAAACUUGCUAUUGUUACUACAUAGGCACUGGUACGAAUUCUCAAUAAGAAUGCAAUGGAACAGUUAGGUAGAACCAUAACUACAUAGGCACUGGUACGAAUUCUCAGUGAGAAUGCAAUGAAACAGUGAAGUGCAGUGUUUCUUUUUGAUGUCUUUUAUUUUACAACUGGGCCAAAGGCACAUGAUGUAUAUAAUUAGUUUAUAUUUACACAUUAGCAUAUAGGAAAUAUUUCUGCACUUGACUGUACUUGAAUUCCGAACAUUAUUUAUACAUGUAAAAUGAUGAUAUAUAAGUGAAUUUUGUGCUCUUGUUUGUAUUUUAUUAAGGAAAAUAAAAAUAAUCUGGCAUCAGUUUCAUUUUGCUAAAUAUCUAGUCUUCUUCAAACAGUAUCUUGGUGGGUGACUUGGCUGCCUGAAAAAUCUUAGGAGGAAUAGCUAACAAUACAAUAAAUCUGUAGAUUCUUCUUAGAGCAAAUUAUGAUACUUUUAUUCAGACUUGUUUCCUUUCUAGUUAAGAGAAAUAGUGACAUUUAGAGGUUUUAAUCAGAAGUUAGGUUUUUCUGAUUCAGGAACGUCUUAGGCCAGGCAUUUGUAAUUUUUAACUUUGAGAAACAAGUUUUGUGAGAGUAGGAUGUGGGUUGCUGGUAGUUAAUUGGAUUUAAUAUUUGUAUUAAGGAUUAACUGGAAAAAAUGUAUCUCAGUGCUAAUUCUUGGACCUUUAAUACAGUGUGCUUAUCUGU